AUGGCAGACUUGGGGGGACAGCGUAACCGGAAUCACCGGCCUUAUGGCGCCGCAGCCUCUAAUAUGCAGCAGCGAGAUGCUGCAUUUUCUGACAUUUUUGGAAGCACACCACCUCCCGGGCGCUCACAAACUAUGGGAUCUCAAACUCCUCAGUUCUCACAGGGUCGCGCUCACACUAUGUCGUCGCACGUAGCGCCUCCGCAGUUCCAGAGACAGCCCCCUCCUCCCACUCGCCAAACAUCCAACGGCUAUGGACCACCGCCAAUUGCGCCACAGGGAGGAUAUAAUGUAGGGCCACCGGGUGCACAGUACCAAGCAUACAAUCCGGGUGCUGCAACGAUGUCCUCGCAUGCACCCCCGCGACCGUACCAGGGUCGUCCCACCUGGCGCACCACCCCAAUACCCGGACCCCGGGACCUUGGGCGGCCAAUGCCUCCUCCUGCUUUGAAUUCUGAUACGACAAGAUCACGAUCGCUGGCAAAACUGAGCGGGCCAUCAUCCUACCACCCCCCGCUGCCGCCACCCAGUUCUGCGAGUGCCUCUCGCCGUGAGCCGUACCACCCAGGAGCUCCAUCAAUGACCCAAUUAGGACGACCAGUUCCAGAGAGACAUGUUAAUGAGCGAGCUAUGUCGAUGACUGCAUAUGGACCCGGGGAACAUCCCCAUAUCAUGGGCAGCGGACGAUCUAUUCCCCAUCGGCGACCGCCCUCUGGCCAUGAGCAAUCAGCUCCUCCAAGAUUCGAUUCAAUGCCGACAAAUGUAGGGGAGAACUACGUCAGAAAUCGACCCCCAAGCGAUGCCUCGAGCAGAUCCCGUACGAUGUCAAUUGCAUCGACUAUUGCCCCGGACCGCACGAUGAGUGUUCAGAGUGGAACAACACAGGUGUCCCUCGGCCAGACUACCCUCCACUCUAGCGACUCCCAUCGACGUGUGCCUGUUGUCUACCCUGCUCUGCUUUCUCGGGUCGCGGAUGUCUUUCGGGAGAAGGUAUCACUUGGCGAGCGACAGAAGAACGGUCUCUCGUAUCAGAACGCUUUUUCUGGCACUGAUGCAGUAGACUUGAUCUCUUCAAUUGUCCGGACAAGCGACCGAAACCUUGCUCUUCUGUUAGGUCGUGCACUGGAUGCCCAGAAGUUUUUCCACGAUGUCACCUAUGACCACCGUCUCCGAGACGCUCCAGGUGAAGUGUAUCAAUUCAAGGAGACUAUGGGUGAAGAAACUCAGGGAUCAGAGAUCAAUGGCGUUUUUACUCUCUUGACUGAGUGUUAUUCACCAACCUGUACUCACGACAGUCUCUGCUACUCCAUUGCCUGCCCACGAAGAUUGGAACAGCAAGCAAGGCUUAAUCUGAAACCUCAGCCGGUACUGAGAACUUCGGGAUCGCAUGGUAGCUUGCACAUGGAUGAUGAUGAUGACAAUGACAACCAGAAGCUCUGGAUCAACAUGGUCCCCAAAGAAGUUUCUGACGCCAUCGAUGACCGUGAGAAGAAACGGCAAGAAGUCAUCUUUGAGAUCAUGUACACUGAACGUGAUUUUGUUAAGGAUUUGGAGUAUUUGCGAGAUUUCUGGAUGCGUCCACUGCGUGCAGCGGGUACCACAACUACCUCCCCCAUCCCGGAGCAUCGCCGCGAGAAGUUCAUCCGAACUGUGUUUGGAAACUGUCUAGAAGUUUUGAAGGUUAAUAGUGGUCUCUGUGAGUCUUUGAACGCUCGACAAAAAGAAAGUCACGUUGUUCAGACUGUUGGCGAUCUUUUCCUUCAGCAUGUACCCCGUUUCGACCCCUUCAUCAAGUAUGGAGCCAAUCAGCUUUACGGAAAGUACGAGUUUGAAAAGGAGAAAGCUUCAAAUCCGAACUUUUCCAAGUUUGUCGACGAUACUGAACGUCUCAAAGAGUCUCGAAAGCUAGAGUUGAACGGCUAUCUUACAAAGCCCACAACCCGUCUUGCUCGAUACCCGCUUCUUCUUGAGUCUGUUCUGAAACAUACAGCCGAAGACAACCCGGACAGUGAAGAUAUUCCCAAAGCAGUGAAGCUCAUUAAGAGUUUCCUAUCCCGUGUCAAUACCGAGAGUGGAAAGGCUGAGAACCACUUCAAUUUGGUCCAGUUGAAUGCGGCUUUGAAGUUUGCCCCGGGUGAUUAUGUGGACCUAAAGCUUACUGAGGAGAACCGCCAAAUGCUCACCAAGAUGGCCUUCAAGAAAUCCACGGCAGAAAGCUCUGAAGUUACGGCAUAUCUUUUCGAUCACGCUGUUCUUCUGGUGCGCAUAAAGAUGGUAAACAAGCGCGAGGAAUACCGUGUCUACAAGAAGCCUAUCCCUCUCGAGCUUCUGGUAAUUGCCCAGAUGGAAGAGGUCCUUCCACGGCUGGGAAUUGCUAAAAGACCUUCAUCUAGCCUUUUAGUAAACAAAGCAGCAGUGAAUCCACCACCUGCCAAAGAUGGUGGGCUGCCGAUUACAUUCCGACACCUGGGCAAGGGAGGCUACGAGCAAACCCUAUACGCCACAUCUCCAACUCAGAGACGGAAAUUUAUCGAGAUGGUCGAAGAACAACAGAGAAAGCUUUGGGAACGCAACAGCAAUUUCUACAACAAGACCAUCCUUUGCGAGAAGUUCUUCAACGCCGUCAACCGGGUGAAUUGCCUGGUUCCAAUUGAUGGAGGGCGAAAGUUGGUCUAUGGUACAGAUAGUGGUAUCUAUGUGUCCGAGCGAUGGCCCAAGGAGAAGUCGGCUAAACCACGGCGUGUCCUCGAGGCUAGUCAGGUCACCCAAAUCGAUACUUUGGAAGAGUACCAGUUACUGCUUGUCUUAGCCAACAAGAGUCUUUCCUCGUAUCCUAUGGAUGCUCUCGAGUUGGCUGAAGGCCAGAAUUCUAUUGCUAAGCGUCCAAAGAAGAUUCAGGGUCACGCAAAUUUCUUCAAGGUUGGCAUUGGUCUUGGUCGGCACCUCGUGUGUUCAGUGAAGACCUCAGCUAUGUCAAGUACAAUCAAGGUCUACGAGCCCAUGGACAAUCUGGCCAAGGGUAAAAAGAAGUCUGCUGUCAGCAAGAUGUUCCAGAGCGGCCAGGAUACACUGAAGCCAUUCAAGGAGUACUACAUUCCUGCUGAAUCUUCGUCAAUCCACUUCCUUCGAUCAACACUGUGUGUUGGCUGUGCCAAGGGCUUUGAAGUUGUCAGUCUAGAGACCACUGAAACACAGUCUCUGCUUGACCAGGCCGAUACCUCCCUUGAUUUUGUUGCACGCAAGGAGAACGUCAAGCCUAUUCAUAUCGAGCGUAUGAAUGGCGAAUUCCUUCUGAACUACAGUGAUUUCUCUUUCUUUGUCAACCGCAACGGAUGGCGCGCUCGUCCAGACUGGAGGAUCUCCUGGGAGGGCAAUCCGAAUGCAUUUGCCCUCUCCCCUCCGUACAUCCUGGCAUUCGAGCCCAACUUUGUAGAAAUCCGUCAUGUUGAGACAAGUGAAUUGAUACACAUCAUGACUGGGAAGAACAUUCGCAUGUUGCAUUCUUCCACUCGCGAGAUAAUAUAUGCCUAUGAAGAUGAAGCAGGUGAGGAUGUGGUUGCCAGCUUGGACUUCUGGAGCAAGCCACAACAGGUUUGA